UAUUGCUGCUUUUAUGAUGCUGGAAACCCUUAACAAGUCUGGUUAUAGUGCUUUUUUAGUAUGCAUUCCUUCACUUGGAGAAUUGCUCCAAAUACUAGCUAUUGCUGCUCCAGUUUUCAUAACAAUGACUUCAAAGGUUGCUUUCUAUUCUCUAAUCACCUAUUCUGCUACAUCAAUGGGGACAAUCACACUAGCAGCUCAUCAGGUUAUGGUUAAUGUCUUUUGCAUGUUCACUGUUUGGGGUGAACCUCUCUCACAAACUGCACAGUCGUUCAUGCCAGAGUUGAUCCAUGGAGUGAAUCGCAGUUUACAGAAGGCACGGAUGUUACUCAAAUCACUCACUAUGAUUGGAGUAAUAAUUGGAUUGACGUUGGGAGCUGUUGGAACUUCUAUCCCAUGGCUUUUGCCUCACUUUUUUACAACUGAUGAAAUGGUCAUUGGUGAGAUGCAUAAGAUCCUGCUUCCUUACUUCCUCGCAUUAGUGGUGACACCUUCAAUACAUAGUCUUGAAGGAACAUUGCUGGCUGGUAGAGAUCUCAGGUUUUUGAGUCUGUCAAUGAGUGGUUGUUUUUGUUCAGCUGGACUUAUCUUGUUGCUUGUAAGCAGUACAGGCUUUGGUUUGCCAGGCUGCUGGUGGGCCCUUGUUGCAUUUCAAUGGGCCCGCUUUACACUUGCAUUACAAAGACUACUGUCUCCACGAGGUAUGUUGUACAACGAAGGUAAUGACCCAAAUGAACUGGUGAAGUUGAAAGCUACAUAGAAUCGUGCAUGCAACCUCAGACAGGACGUCAAACCUCCUGCUGGUUCCCCAAAUUAUAUAUCGUAUGGUAAUUAUUUUACUGGAACCGAAGUGUGUUUCUUGCACAUUAAGAAUGAUUUUUCCGGUUGUAUAUUACUCGAACUUCUUCAGAUGUGGUCAAGUUAAUAUUAUUUAUUUACAGGGCUGCCCGUCCCUAAUUAAGAAGAAUGUUUCCUUGUUUAUCUUCAAUUGUAUUGAAGAAGAAAAUUACCAAAUAAUCUUGCUUA